GGGCCGCAGUUCAAAGCCCGUGACCAGCGCACCAAAUGCAUCCAAUGGAGGUCUGUUGCUCAGAUGGGGAUCAUUUGGCCCACAAGAACUGGCCCGAUUCAAAGAGGUAUUGGAGAAGCCUGUCAGAUUGAAGCCUGGUUGGCCCGAUAGCGAAGAGAUGGCAACUUAGGCUAAUAUGGUAACUAAUCUUAGAAGAUAGAGGGAAUCAUAUCUUGUAAAGAUUAGAUUAGAUUUGAUAAGGCUUAUCUUGUAAAUCCCUAAAAUUAAGGGAUAUGGUUAAAUCUCAUCCGUCGAUGUAAUUGUAUCUUGACCGUCGGUUUUGGGGGAGCUCAACUAUAAAUAGAGAGCCUCCCCCUCAUUUGUACUCACUCCUGAAUUGUUUCAUUAUUCUUUGUGAAUAAGAGAAGUAGAGAGCAUUUACUCAAACACUUUGCGAGCGCUCUUUCUGUUGUUCUUUUGCUUAGCUUCUUUUGGCAUAAAAUCGCUUCCGCUGUUCAAUUGGUGCCUUGGAGGAGUUCUUAAAGAAUCCUCAUCGAGUUAAGGCUGACUUGGGCGAGUUUGGAGCAAACGGAUCGCCUAAGGCCGCACGGAUUACGAGACGAAAGGUCUAGCCCCGUGACAAGUGGUAUCAGAGCAAGGUUCGAACCAAGGAGAUAUUCGAGCCAGGUUCAAACCAAGUGGUAUUCGAGCCAAGUUUUGAACCAAGUGAUAUCUGAGUUGUUGGUUCAAAGGCACCGUUGGGAUGUCGAAAGAAGAGUUCGAACAAAGGUGGGCGAGGAAGUCUUUGAGGGAGACAAUAUCGGCAGUAGAGGAACGUGUGGAAAAACUCGAGGGUUCCAUGGAGGAUGUAAAGGAGGCACUCGAUGGGCUCGAGGAUCGCAUAGCAAACUGGGAGGAGCAGUCCAGAGACUAUGUAAAGAUGUCUCUUGGUUCCACCAUGGAUAAGGUAAACGAGUUGUUUAAUUCACACCGGGAUAAACUGUCGGACAGGAAUGAUGCUCUCGAGGCCAUGAUGAUGGCUUUGAAGGAGGAAACAGUGGCCACGACGAGGGCUUUGAGCACAAGAAUAGAGGAGCUCGAGGGAGAGCUGGCCUUGUGUCAAGCAGCCGUGGGGAAAGGAGUGGCAAAUGCAGCACUCAGUAAUGAGGAUGUCCCAAAGCCGAAAGAGUUUGUGGGGACAAGGUCUGCAUGUGAUGUGGACAAUUUCUUGUGGAGGAUGGAAAACUACUUCCGUGCCAAAGGCAUCGUGGAAGAUGCAGUUAAGGUAAACACUGCUUCAAUGUUUCUUACUGACAUUGCGCUUUUAUGGUGGCGAGGUAGGACCACAGAUAAAAGGCAUGGUGAGAUUGGGACGUGGCAAGAGUUCCAAUGCGAAUUAAAGGGACAGUUUUACCCAGAGUUUGCCGAGGAAGAAGCUUGGGCAAAGUUGCAAGGGAUAACGCAACGAGGCACAGUGGGGGAGUAUGUUCAAGAGUUCAAGGAACUCAUGCUCCAAGUUUCAGAUGUGACCGAUGAAGAAGCAUUGCUUGCUUUUCAAAAGGGAUUGAAGCCGUGGGUCAGACAGGAGGUGGAACAAAGAGGUGUCCAAAAGCUGUCGGAAGCCAUGACGGUAGUUGAGGCCGUGGUCAAGCUUGGUCUAGGGAAAGACAAGCUUGGGUCUUCCAAGUCCGAGGAAAGGGGCGUAAGUGAAAUGGAUCACAAGGAAGAUAGAGUUAAUGGCAAUGGCAACCAUGACAAUGGUGGUAAUGGGAAACCACGAGUUGGGAAGAAGAAACCCAAGAAGAAAAGGGACAAGCUGAAAUGCUUUCUCUGCGACGGUCCACACAUGUUGAAGAAAUGUCCGAGGAAAUCCGCGCUUAAGAAGAAGCCGGUGGAAAAGGCCUUGGUACUUGGUUCGAGCGCAAGGGGUGUCGAAGCCAAGGAGGCCGAAAGCGAGAAGAAGCCAGUGGAGUGCUUCUUGUGUCAUGGUCCGCAUAGGUUGCGGAAGUGUCCGAGGAAGUCUGUCAUCGAGGGGAACGAUGGAACAGACAAGGAGCCCAAGAAGCUUGGUUCGAGCAAGGGAAAAGCCGAAGCCAAGAGGGCAAAGAGGAGCAGAAGGAAGCAAGUAAAGUGCUUCUUGUGCCGUGGUCCGCAUGAGUUGCGGAACUGUCCAAAGCAAGCCGGAGUCAAAAGAAAGGCAACGUCUGAGCUUGGUGAGUCAUCGGAGGGGCUUCCACCCAGGGAAGAGGUGAGUUUGUCAUCGGACUUAGAGGAAAGAGUUGCGAUGAAAACAGUGAAGCUGGGACCAAUGAGGCUCAAGUUGAGUGAAGCGUCAGAGUUGGCCGAGUCGUCGACAAGGCUUCCACCUAUGGGAGAGGUGGGUGGUGCAUCAGACUUCAAGAAAAAGGAAGCGAUGCAUGUGGGACAGUUGACCAGAGUAAAUGCAGCGAGUAGGACGGCUCGAGUUAAGAAGCGACGUAAGCCGAGGCAAGGGUCCCGAAGGAAGGGAAAGGCUAAGGCGUCGAGACGAGACCGGGGCGAAUCAACUUCUUUUGGCAAAAUCGCUUCCGCUGUUCAAUUGGUGCCUUGGAGGAGUUCUUAA